GCAAUAUACGUCAUUUGCGUCGCCAUUUGCUAAGCGACGUGCGAGGAGUGGAUAUCUCCCUGGGUUUGUCACGAUAUUUUAGUGUGCCGUCACGGUUCAGGCAUAUAAUUUUGUCGGAAUUUGUGGCUUCAAAAGUUCACCGUGUUUAGUGACGUAUUUAAGCAGUUUUCGUUGUCAUCAUAACUAUAACUCAAGAAAAAUCAUUGGAAGAUUUUUCUUUUUUUUCUAAUUCGACGUGUACAAUCAUGGCCAACUAAAGAUGUCGGAAAGCAAAGUGUCAUUUGUUAGCAAUAACUGCGCUCCGUCCUGUGGAGAAAUUUUUUGUUAUUCAAAGCCGGAAUCCUUUCGGCUUCAACUGAUAUCCAGUUGUUAUUUGAUUUUUUUCCCUACCGUUGAUCUAGUUUUAAGUAAUAUCUCCAGAUUCAAUGGAGAAGAAUCAUCGUUUUUCAAACCAGAACCUGUCGGAAGGACAGAUUUCUGAAGUAAAAAAAAGUCAAGUUAAAUGCAACAUCCGUGCAGAUACCCCAGUUAGGCGGCCUCGCCAAUCUAAACGCCGCGAACAAUCGAGUAUUAGCGGCUUUAAAUCAGAAAAUAAUCGAAACUCGAGCGGAAAAAAUAUAACUGCGUGUAAAACACGUAAUCAAACUAAUUACAAUUAUGAUAAGCGUUCGAAGCAACGUUUGGGUGAUAAUUUUAUUUCGGAAAAUGAAAUCAAUCAGACGGUGGCACAGUAUAAGAGAACCGGAUUAGCGACGCCUGAUUUGUUUCCUGCAAGGCACGAGCUCCAAUCGGUGUAUUCACCAGGUUCAAAGAAGCAAAGUUUGAACCAUUUGUUGAACUUCCACUAUGCGCCUCGUGAAAAUGACCUUCCAAUGCGCUACAGCAAAACGGGUAACAAUCGUACCUAUAUGAAGAAGGGAACUUACAACAAAGAGCAAUUCCUUCAAGCGAACUGUCAGUUUGUCGUACGUGAUCGAGAAGAUUAUACUGCCAUCUUGGCAGAUCCAGAUCUAUUAGUAGAUUGGAAUAAAAUUGAACAGAUUAAUAUUCUCGGUUAUGAAGAACCUCAAUGUCCAAUUUGUUUGUAUCCGCCUGUGGCUGCAAAAAUGACAAAAUGUGGUCAUGUGUACUGUUGGCCUUGUAUUUUGCACUAUCUCGCACUAUCGGAUAAAUCCUGGAGGAAAUGUCCGAUUUGCUAUGAUGCAAUACAUUUGUCGGAUCUACGAAGCGCUGUUUCAAAACCGUUUCAUUCAUAUACGAUUGGAGAAUGCGCAACGUUUCAAUUAAUGCGUCGUGCGAAAGUUUCGAUGAAUGUUGUCAUAGCUGCAGAUGUAAUCGAGCAACAAAAUAUUCCAUUUUAUCGAUCGAAAUCUGAAAAUACUACUUUUUCAAAGCUACUCCUGGCAGACAAAGAAGAGAUACUUAACGUAAUAGCCCGAGAGCAAGAAGAACUCGAAAAUCAAAUGGUAGUUGAUGGAAAUGAUUGUCCUGAAAAUAUGUUUGUGCAUCAAGCGCUUGAUCAGUUGACUCAGCGCAAGGAACACAUUUUGUCCGCAAAUGCUAAUUUGCUGUCAAUAGGAACUCUUUUAGAGGAAAACAACAAAUCCCGUUUAAAGGAGUCAAAUAUUCUGAUGGAUGCAGCAUGCAACACUCAAACAUCAUCUGAAGCCAACAUCGCAGAAUGCAACAAGCACGUGGACUUUAUGAUCGACGAGGACAGCAAUUUGCUUUUGAGUGAUAUCGACAUUGUACCAACAGCAACAUGCGUUUCGUCGGAUUUUUUCUAUUUCUACCAAUCAAUCGAUGGACAACCGUUGUAUUUGCAUUCACUCAAUACGCGUAUGUUGCAGGCUAUGUAUGGAAGCUUAGACAAGAGUCCGGACGUAGUCAUUGGAAAAAUUGUUCAUAAGGACAGUUGCUCAAUGUCCGAUGAUUUGAGAAAAAGAUUGAAAUAUUUGCAGCAUUUACCCGUUUGCACAUCGUUCGAAGUAGUUGAAAUUGAAUUUGAAAACGGUAUUAUUUCAUCCGAUAUAAUGGCGAAAUUCAAAGAUGAAGUAUCCAGUCGUCGUAAAAAUAGACAGAAACGAGCACACGCGGAACGAAUUCGAGAAAGAAAAAUUCUUGAGUUCAACGAACGCCAACUGGGAAAAUCUCUUGCACGAUCUGCUAAAAUUCCUAUCAACUCUACAAAACAUUUUCCUUCGUGUGGAGAUUCCGGUACCGAUAUUAGUCAAGAUCCACCUAUUGGAUUCAGUCCACCGACAACUGAUAUGUCAGCUUCUCCUAGUCUAACUAACGCUGGCCCAUCCUGGUCAAAGAUGCUGGGUACUUCAUCGCCAUCUUCCUCCUGGCCCUCAUUGCCAUCUGGAGGCACACAAGCUAUCUCGACACCCAAGUUGAUACAAGUAACAGGUUCUAAAAUGACUAUCAGUGUUUCGAAUCAGUUGCCCAAAUUACGUUUUCCAUCUGAGAGUGACUGCGAAGAUAAUAUUGAAGAGCACUACGCAAACCGUGCCUCACAUUUUGGGCAAGAUUUUAGCUGUGCUAUUGGAGCUGCAUUGGAAAGGGUUACAUUGAAUUGCGAACAUGACGACACUGAGGAACCGUGCUCAUCAAAAUCUAAAGUGUCUAUGUUCAAUAAUGGCAAUACGGUCAGUGGAACUAAGAAGAAAAAGAACAAAAAAACAUUGUUGUUUGCAUCGGGAAUGAACCUUUAUUAAUACUUUAUUUUAAUGGUGAAUUUGAAUGUUUUGUUCGUUUAUCAAUAAACCAAAUAAAUCACUGAAAAUAACUAUUGUAUAGCGAUGACAGGGUAACGUUGAGUGUUAAGCUCAAACAACAGGAAUAAUUUCUUUGGUCGAUUGUGAGAAAUUUCACCUGGGUUGGAUACCCCAUCCAAACAAAGAGCCAGAAGGUUUUUUAUGGCCCGAAGAUUUUAAAGGUUAAAACCGAAAUCGAAACAAACAAAGCGAUCAACGAAUAAAAUAUAAAGUAAACGGUAGAACAAUCAUUUUAAAUGUUGAAAUCCAUAAAUUGCGUACCGGUUUUGUAUCGUCAUACGACGGUUUGAAAGUUCUGACAUUCAUCACCCUGUAAUUCAGGAGCCGGAAGUCUUAUCUGGAUUAAAUUCCACAUGAGCUUUUGAGACAAUGAGAGCAUUAAUUUAAAUCAGGAUUUGUGGAAAUCGUUUAAACCAUUGCUGAGAAAUCGAAGUAUGUUCCGGAGGCUUCCUUCACUACUGUCGGUGCUUUCGGGACUAAAUAUCAUCUCACUCCUGAUAACCGACAGUAGAUCUUUAGUUAGGUUACUCGUCGCUUUUCAAACUAUUACAAG